UAGUCGUUUGUCAGUUGUUGUUGUGUGUGGAUUUGUUGUUGUUUUGAUUCAAGAUAUUUGUUAUUGUUUAGACGUUAGAAAGCUACAGUGGGGUGUUACGUUGGUACAACGCGAAUGAUGUAAGAUGACGUCUCAGCGGGAAUAUGCAGCUUGUCUUCAUUUGUAAGGCGAUGAAAGACAAAUAUAAUGUGAUAACCCAAUAGGAGUUCUGAGCUUUCAAUUAUGGAGGCUGAGAAAAUCAGUCUUCGACCCCGACCAAUUGCACCUAAACCAGUAAUGUUCCUAAUAUCACCAGAGACUGCAGUAGCAGGCACAGAUAGUACACAAGACAAUCCGCCUAUCCGUCUUACUGAUUUACCUUCCAUUGAUGAAACUAUGGAAAGUGCUCCUCUUGUUGAGGAAAACACUAUUGAUGACAUCAAGAACAGAGACAAAACAUCCUCAGUGAAUGAAAAUGAUUUUGCAGAAACAAAGGAUAAUGAAGAUGAUAUUACUGCGUUAGUUGUGGCAAGUUCAAAUAUUCGUUCAUCACCUAAAGGGAGAACCAGUGCUGCUGGCAGAAAGAAAUCUAAAUAUAUAAGAGAUGUAGAAACAUCGCUUUCAUUAUUACUCCCAGACAGCAUAGAAGUAGCUGAGGAAAAGGCAUUUAGUUUUGCACAGGCCUAUUUCCUGAAGGUGAAAGAGACAUUGGAAGGGAAGGAUAGCGAUACUUAUCAACUGUUUUUGGAAGUUCUAAAUGAUUUUGGAAGCAAAAUAGCUACUGUUCCUGACUUGUACAGGAAGGUGUCUUCUGUUCUGCACAACUACCCUGAUCUUGUCUCUGAAUUUGUAGUUUUCCUUUUGCCAGAGCAAGCAAUGCAAUGUGGGAAAUUAAUGGAAUAUUUGAUACUCACAAAGAUGAGCAACUUUUUCAAGAGGCUGGAAGUAUAUUUUAAAAGACAGCCACAACAGCUACGUAAAAUCUACACUGCUCUUACACUUCUGAGCACACAAACAAAUGUAACCAUGAAUGAUGUGCGCAGUGCUGUUUUACCGUUAUUGAGAGGUAACAGCUUUCUCAUUGAAAGUUUAUUGGAAAUUAUACCACAAGAGCACCUUCCAGACAGUCUGUCGACUGAUUUUGAUGAGAUGGGUUGUGCUGAAGUUGACAGUGACAACUUGGGAGAUGAUGAUCAAAUGGAAACAUUAAUUGUUCCUGAUCAAGAAGACAAAUAUGGCAGUGAUACUUGUAUAUGUACAUGUCACAACUCCACCAAACAAAAGUAUCGUUCCCGAAUACAUCAUUGUGUACCAUGCGGAACAAAGUUCAUUCAUGGAAGAGUCUUCAUGCAAAUAGGAAAGGUUCUUCGACCAGCAAAGGUAAUUUUUCCAGAUUGUGACAUGACAGCAUGUAUUGAGAGACUGGCACCUAAACAGUGUAUUAAGAAGACACGCAAGAAAGAUAGUGGACACAAUGAACCAGGUGCUUUGAAGGAAACAUCACCAUCCAAAGCAACACUGAAUCCAACUGUGAUGCAGCACAACAGCUGCUCACAGUCAGAUGUUAGCAAUUUGGCAGGCAAGGACACAGUUAAACCAAAAAAUAUUAAACCACGAGCUGUGAACAGGAACAACAAAGUUGUUGAAGGUAUUCGUCCAGAUACUAGCAAUACCAGAAACAAUCUUCGCUUUUCUCAAGCUACUAGAAGCAGUAGAAGUGGUACCCUCAAAGUGUGCAUCAAAGUUCCAAAACUAAGUGGAGAAAAUAAAACUGGUAGCAGCUCCUUGUCCAAGAGAGGUUCUGUAAAACGAUCAAGAAGCAGCUCCAGAAAUAGAGUUCGACAAAAGUCGCUUGAGUCAGGAACUAAAUCACCACCACCCUCUGAUAAACAAACUUUAGAUGGUGCUUGUUCCACGUGUAUAACAAGCACCCAAGAAAAGAAUGAGAAAAUUCAAGAUUGUCAGCUACAUAAACCACCUGCCAAGAAACAAUGUAGAUUAAUUGACAAUGUGUCCACUGUGGAAUCAGUUGUGCAUAACAAUUCUAUAGAAGUUUCUCUUAAUGAGAUGGGUAGCUGUAAUGUGUCCUUAGACAUGCAGUCGCUAAAGCAGCCAUCAGUAACAUUAAAAUGUAUAACUGAAAGUGAUGAAACAGUCCAUUGCAGCCCUGAUGUUAAUACUCUCAGUGUUGACAGUACAUUAUCCAGAAAUGAAGAUAGUUUCAACUGUGGUAAUUCUUGUGCAUCAACUAUAAUGGACAAAGUAACUGACACUGCACCUGUCAAGUUGGUUGCUGAAAUGGAACAACAUAAUCAGCAAAAUGAAGGUACUUCCCCAUGUUUAGGAAGUGAUGAGGUACAAUCCAGCUCAAAAGAUUCUAACGUUAUUGAGCCACUUGUACAAGAGUAUGGAAAGAGCACUGAGGAGAGUGUUAGUGUUUCAAAUUCUCACCAAGUAAUAGUUGAAAGAAACACUAGAGAUGACUUGGCCUUUCAUGUAUGCUCUUCUAAUUCAAUAUCAGAGGACACUACACAGAUGACAUGGACGAAAGAAGAAGAUAAAGUUAUACUGAAAAUGUUUCAGCAGGAAUGUGCUACAGAAAGAAUACUUUACAUGAUACGUCAACAACUGCCUCAGCGAUCUGUAGAACAGAUUCAGAACAGAUUUCAGACGCUGAUGAAUCUAUUACAGAAAAUGACUGGAGUUCGUAUGGAUGAUGAUAAGGGAGUGUGAAUGAAUUAUAUUUAUUGUUUUGUAAUUUGUGAAAUUAAAAUUAUUUAUGUAAGUUA